CAGUAUUAAAAGAGCCGUUCCCGAAUCGCGGACUGUGUUGAGUGACAUGGGUACCUGGUUUGUGUUGGUGUACUUUUGUUGUUUCUGUUUCGCAUACGGAUACGAUUUUAGCAGUCCACCCACAACUGUCAAGGCACGCGAAAACAAUACGGUCCUCCUGCCAUGUUAUCUCAACACACUUUCGAACGAUGAAGCGUAUGCAGUAGCCGUGAGAUGGUUCAAAGAUCACGACCUGCUGGUAGACAGUUCAAAUGAAUCAAUACCGGCACCAGAAAGACAUACUUUGUGGGAGAACGGUUCUUUGGAAAUUGUGACUGUCCAACCGAUGGACACAGGUGAAUACACAUGUGAAAUUGAAAGGCCUCAUCCAUGGGGUGCGGUACGUCAAAGACACGCCAUCGAGGUUUUACAUGCACCGUCAGUUGAGCCGUUUCCUCCCAAUGGAUUUCUGGAGGUCAGACUCGGCGAGGAAGUGAGGAUGUCAUGCAAAGGUGGGGGAGUUCCGUACCCUAUUAUUAACUGGUACUUUCAGGGGGAGGAAUUGAAGCUGCUGGACCACAGGGAGAUGUUGAAGUUCACAGCUUCAGAUAGACUUUUGGCAGGAAAAUAUGCCUGUGAAGCUGUCAAUGGAGUUGGAGAGCCGGCUAGAGCCGAAAUUUCCCUUAACAUCAUCUAUCCCCCUGAAAUUUUGACGUCGAGGUCUUGGAUUCAUACCGCUCCAGGUUUAAGGGCCCAAUUAGAAUGUAAAGUCAGUGCUGACCCCCAAGCUACAGUAACCUGGCUUAAAGGGGAGAUACAAGUUCCUUUAGAUAAUAGAGUAGUAUCCUUGCAUGACGGCGACAAACACAGUUUGCUUAUAAGAAACGUGCAAAGGAGUGAUUUUGGCAUUUACACAUGUCGUGCUAACAACGAGCUGGGACAGGGAGAAGUCCACAUUCAAUUGUCAGGCGUACCCAACCCGGGUGUAUUUAAGAAGACUCUGGAAAAGAAUCUGGAGGCAAAAAAUUCAUACACAUUAAUUUGGGAAGUUGACAGUUACACUCCAAUUAUUGAAUACAAUUUGUGGUUCAGACCCUACAGACCGAAAAGCGGUUUGAAUAAACCCGAUUGGACUAAAUUAACGAUACCAACUGAACACAGUCUUGGCCCCGUGUAUUCUAAGUCUUACACCAUAAAAGGUCUAAAAGAGAAGAGUGUAUAUGAAGCUCUGUUAGUUUCGAGAAACAGAUAUGGUUGGUCUAAACCUUCGCCGAUAUUAAGGUUCGCAACUAUGGGUGCAGUAAUCAAUGAAGAAGUGAUGACAACAGUACAAAUGAUACCUCAAGAUAAUAUUAUACCCAUGGAUCUGUCACGAUCUAGUGCGUCAACACCAAAAUUUGUGAAUGGAUCUAAAUAUAUCUUAUAUUUAAUUUUAUAUAUUGCAUUAAAAUACAAAUAAAGAGAAUGUUUUAUUGUUUC